AUGUGUACAGAUGCAUCAAUCAGCGAUGUACAAGGAGUGUUUCUUGACGGAUUCGUACCUGGCAACACAGGCAUCACCUGUAACUGUUCACUUCAGGCAACAACAACACUUCAGAUUGGAAUUAGUCCGGUUUCAAUUCCAGAACAAAUGUGUGGAUCACAGUUAACUAUACAGCUAAACCGGCAACAAAGGAUAUUGAAUUAUAUUUGCAUAAAUGAUGGAAAUGUAACAACAUAUCAGCGAAAUAUUGAUGAGAAAGGUUACUCAAUUACUUUGCAAACUAGUUCAACACACAGCGUGGAUAUCACUUACUGUAUCAACUUCUACAAUAAAGCUGGCUCAGGUAGUAUAAGUCUUCAGUGUUAUUCGUCAAGAGACAAAACUACAUUCCCGAUGCCGACACAACCAACAGAAUCAACGAUAACGGUUAAGACAAUUCCCACGACACAGACAAAUUCACAAUCUGGUCAAGAAGAUUUCCCGGUUGCAGCUGUAGCGGGCGGUGUCGGCGCUGUCGUGCUCAUUGUUGUAGCAGCCAUUGUUGUCGUCGUAUUUAUUAAAAGGAAAAAAGCAACAAAGAAGAAUCAAACAACAGAUGACGACGGACAUUAUGAAAUUAGUGAUGCUAAUCCUAAUAACGCUGAUACCAACACAAAUAACAAUGUUAACCCGUAUAAUACUGAUGACAAUGUUGGCAACACUUACGAACAUCUACAACACAACACUGUACAGUAUGUUAACACGCCGUCGAAUGUUGAUGAAGACCACGUGUACCUCCACGUCAAUGAACCAACACAAGAAAUACCUGACGACCCGCAGACGACAGAUUAUUAUAACAGUGUCAAAUAAUACUGAAUCGUACAUUUAUUACCCUAGCGGCCAUUCACAACGGGACCGACCUCAGUGGUGUCGUGGUUAAGCCAUCGGUCAUAAGGCUGGUAGGCACUGGGUUCGCAGCCCGGUGUACCCAGAGCGUGUUUUAACGACUCGAUGGGUAGGUGUAAGGUCACUACACCAACUUCUCUCUCACUAACCACUAACAACUAACCCAUUGUCCUGGACAACAGCACAAAUAGUAAUU